AUGAUAUUGAUCUCGUUGCUGUUUUCUUCAUAGGAGUUUGAUUCUUUUGGGGAAAACCAGUUCUUGGGUGAUAGAACACAACUCGAUGAAUAUUUAGAUGAUAAGAGACUCAAGCGCAAACAACCAUUGGAUGUUCUUCUCUGGUGGAAGAAUAAUGAAUCUCGGUUCCCAGAGCUUGCUCACUUGGCCAGAGAUAUUUUGAGCAUUCCAAUCACAACCGUAGCAUCGGAGUCGGCUUUCAGUAUGGGAGGGAGAGUGUUAAACAACUGGCGAAGCUCUCUUUUGCCCGAAAAUGCCGAAGCUUUGAUAACCACACGCAAUUGGUUAUAUGGGUUUCCAAGUGAUGAUCGUGAUAAUGGGCUUGAGGUGAAGAUUUCAAAGGCUAUUGGAACAUCCUCGAUGGCUGCUAAUUAUACUCCUAUCUCUGAUGAAUGAUUGAAAAG